CACAUGUCUUUACCGGCAUCGCCGUUUACCGUAUCACCAUAUUUACCUGUAUCACCAUAUUUACCUGUAUCACCGUUUACGUUCCUGGUCAUUAUUCUGGCGGCACUGUUUCAGCUCGUGUAAUUUCUCAGGAAUUUCGGUCCUCCUUGGUUUAUUGGGCCCUGGAUCCAGUGCUCUAAGAGGUGGGUGGAGUAGGGACCAGACAGAGGGGGUGGGGGUUAUGGAAGUUUCGGUACCACCCCCACUCAAGUUGGGUAUGCUGCAGCACUGUUGAAGUGUUCCCCCCUGGUCACCUGGCUAGCGUACAAAAAACUUUUCCAGUGCUCUAGAGAAAGCCUGUCUUGGGCUUUUCAGUGGAUUACCUUAUCGCGGCCGAAGCAAAAGUGGAGCUCUGAGCAUUGUCGUGCCAUAUUUGGGUGAGAGUGGCGAUAGCUGAGUGAGGAAAAUGAAACCUGGAGUUUUAGAACACCAGCUCUGAAUACCAAUGGAAAGGCCUUACAAGCUCAUAUCUGUACUAAUAACAGCUAUAGCCCUUUGCAAAUACUCGCAGGCUGAAUGGAAUGCAACAAAAGCGCCAGCAAACAAGACCGUAUCCUGUAGUCCCCAUGACAACAGCAGCAACUGUGCAGUAACCAAGGAGACCCACCAAUGGAAUGGACACUUCUCCAAGUGUCCAGAGGAGUACGAGCACUACUGCAUUCAUGGCAAGUGCCGCUUCGUCGCGGAGCAGAACGCUCCGUCCUGCCGGUGUGGCAGUGGAUACACUGGUUCCCGGUGUGAGUAUAUUCAGUUUGACUGGUACAUAGGAGAGAGGAGGCAGAUCAUCAUUGCCUGUGUGAUCGCUGGGCUUGUUCUGCUGAUCAUCCUCCUCGUGUUCAUCUGCAUCUGUACACAUCGACCUAACCUCUGCAAAAGAAAGAAGAGAAGGGCAGAGAAUAAAAAGGACGAGAUUGAAAAGCUUCACACUAUAAUCUCCAGUGAGGCUUCGGCUUCAGCUCCGGCUCCAGAAACCGUGGCCACGAAUGCGGUGUGAGACGCUCCACGCGGCUUCUCUGAUGUCAUUUAUGUUGCCUGGGUGACCAUAUCAUCAAGCUUUCAUCACUGAAGAUUUCCAUUUUCCCUACCAGUCAUAUUUUACCUUGGGGGAAAUCAAUCACAUUCUUUUGCCCACUCCCAUUUGUAUCGCCAAAAAACACACACACACACACACACGCACACACACACAAACACGCACACACACACACACUAACACUCCCACAGCUGUCAAAGAAGGGCCUGGAAUGGAAGCACAUUCCUGUAACUUGGCAGUACUCUGAGACUGAGCUGAGAGUGCCAGCUCAUCUGGAGAGCGUAUGACACCUUAUAUAGAAAACCAACGAAGAAGAGCACUCCGAGCUGAGUGCUUCUCCUGGCAGGUCCAAAGCGAGGAGCCUCCCGGUCUCAGUUCUCACGCGGGAGAGAGGCAUUCAUCCACACACCCCCCCGUGCUGGCACUCUCGCGUCCUAUUGGCAUGCGGAUAGCCCUGUCUUAACAACGAGAACCAGACAAAGUGAGACACGAGAACCAGACAAAGUGAUAUCUUUACUUCAGCCUUUGGACGCUUGUAGUGACGUGUUGAUUUGACAGUAGUCGCUGUGAGGGCAACAAAGAGACAGAGAGAGAGCGCGAGAAUCCUCAGCCUUCAACGCGAAUUACUUUGUCGUUUUACUUGUCAGUGAUGACAUAAACAUGUCGGAAUGCACAACAAAGGGUUGUCACUUGCUGGACAAGCUGAUGGCCCUUAGUAUUGAAAGUGCCCACCCCCCCGCCUCAAUCUUAAAUUCUCAUUCAGCCAGAAGAGAGCAUUUGGAUGCGUGCAGUUGUCUUUGAUGCUAAUCUCUGGAGUAGAUAAAGACGAGUGAGUGGGUGACUGUAUGACGACAGUGAACUGAGCUGUUCAUACCGCAGCACAACAGCUGUGGGGAAAAGGGAUUAGCACCCCGCUACGGAGAGAUUGGUUGUCAUUGAACGAAGAGGCCUGAAAGCACGUACGUUCGCUGGGACUCGUCACAUUCUCCUCCCUCUUUCACACCCGACGCUGUUAGUGUAAAUACGUUCACACUUCCAGACUUCGGCUCUUCAUGUGAUGUUAGGUCCUGAUGAAUCAAGUCGUGUGUUUCACAUAGUGCUUGUUAGAGUUACAGAUGUUUCAUUUAUCCGUCUCUGGCCAUACAAAAGGUGUUGUUUGUGUUGUCAAGUGUUUAUUAUGAAGCCAAUACGUUCUCAUAAACAAACAACGGCGGAGGAAGUAGGUACAAAUUGGAUGUGAAAUAAGCUAGGUAAUUAUUUUCAUUUCAACAAAAAUCAUCAGUCAGUCCAUUGAGUUGUAAUUUGUCUCACCACCCACCUGCUUUAAAUGAAUUCCAUUAAUUCCAAUAAUUGAUGGAAUUUUGCUUAUUUGAAAGAUGAAGUGUUCGGUCUGCUCAGUUAUGGAGAUGAUGUCGUUAAUUUAUUUAUUCUUUGAAAUGUGUUAAUUGUGUCCCAAGCAAUUAAUUUAUCCAGAACCUAUUCUGAGUACGGAGCCAUAAGCUACUGGUCAGUGUAUGACUUUGUUAUUAAAAGGCAUCAUUCUAGCAAAGGGGAACCAAAGGGUUUUUCUCUAAUGUGAACAGUGUUGUGUUAUUGUAGAAAUAAGUACGAGGCUGAUGGGGGAUUAAAGUCCAAGAGGCAAAUUACAUUAUACUGUAAUGCAAUUUAGUUGGUAAAACGCUUUAAUUCUAUCAAACCCUGCAAAUUGUUAAUAUUGUUGGUUUAUACUGCCUGUGUUGUCAUUUAAAUGUCAAAGCACAUCUUGCAUUAUGCAGUCUUUGGCAAGGCUUUGUUUACAGUUUCACUUUCCAAAUGUGUGUUUUAUCCAUGAAUGAUAAUUAUAUCCAAUAAUUAUGAGAUACUAUGAACACAUACAUCCUUUUUUAGAAGCUUUGUAGAGGUCCAAACAUAUCAAAUAUUUACACAGUGAAUUAAAACAUAUUUUGACUGGGGAA